CUAGCACAAGUUUUCAUCUCUGAUCACGUAGUACAGGAGCUAGCCACCGGCGCCAUGGAGCUGGAGCUGGGGCUUGCGCCGCCCAACCACGCGGGCUCGUGCGGGAAGAGGGGCUCGGCGGAGGCGUUCGGGGUCAACAAGCCCACGCUGCCACUCUUCCUGCGCGACGACGACGACGGUGACCACGGCAACGGCGAAGACGGCACUGGCGACGCUCGCGACUGGGAUACGGGCAACAAGAGGAAGAGGCUGGUGGGGUUGCCGCCGGUGAAGAUCGCGCACCGCCCGCGCAGCCGCGGCAACGGCCACGUGAAGGUGAAGAUGGAAGGUGUGCCCAUCGGGAGGAAGGUGGACCUGUCCCGCCACGCCUCCUACCACCAGCUCCACCACACCCUCCGCCUCAUGUUCCCCCGCUCCACUUCUCACCAUGGUGAUCCAUACGCCGUCACCUACGAGGACGGGGACGGGGACUGGAUGCUCAUCGGAGACGUGCCCUGGGAGGAGUUUAGCAAGUCGGCCAAACGGCUCAAGAUACUCAUGUAA